UGGUCAGAAGUAACUUGACCGUCCCUCGCCGUACUCGAAUCUAAUUCCUUCAUACCCUGGUUCAUCUUUCUCGCUGCUCUUUCCUAGUCGUCUACUUCUCGUGGUUACUCGAAAUCAUACUGUCAAUUCUUACUUGAUCAACAGCCCUCACAACCCCAAGUGGGCACACACGCAUCUUAUCGUGAUGGUUCCUCCGAAAAUCUACCUAUCAUUCAAGAAUCAAGUCUUUGCCGUUGAAACGAAAGGGCUCUUGAUCGUUCGCGAGCUCGCGCAGGCGGCGGGAAAAGAAUUUCCAGACGAAUUACGUGGUAGCAUCUCGCAGAUCACCCUGCAUACCGAUGAGGACGCUGAUGCGCUCCCUCCACACGCAUGCCUUGCAGAACACGCUGAACAACUCUUCCGUUGCAGCGUACCAGAGACUCCUCUUGUAGUGAAAGUAAAAUCGGGCGUUGCCCCGAAGACUCCUCUUACAGCGAAAGGCAUUCCUGCCAUAAUCUGGCUAUCGUACAACAAUGAGCUCACUAGCGUUCGAACACAAGAGCUCGAGUUCGUCGAUCACCUCGCCAAGGCAGCCAGAAACAAAUUCUCGCCUUAUCUGCGUGACUUCGCCACGCCGGAUAUCACCCUGCAUGUCGAUGAGCGUGCAGAGGCGCUGGCUACAGACUCAGUCCUUGCGGAAAUUGCGGCACAACUCUCCCGUUGCAGCAUACCAGAGACUCCUCUCAUAGUGAAAGUCCCAGAAUUUAAAGCAGGAUCGAAAGUUGAAGAGGGCCUCAUACGCUUCUGGAAGGCUCUACCAGAGGCCAGUUUGGUUGUCAACGGGGAGGUAGAAUACUUGGAGCUAAAAGAGGCUUACAUUCUCGGAGACAAAAAACUUGGUCACCGCCUACUUGUGCGCCCGAUUUACAAAGAGCUCUGCGAGCUUUUUGAGGUCGAGGGCUAUGAUCAAUGGGUCGUUACCGGUACUCCUGGGAUUGGAAAAACCUUUUUUUCUGUCUACUACAUGUGGAUCGCUGCACGCAAGAAAAAAGCUGUGUUGUGGCAGAAUCCCUUCUUUCCUGAUGAUGUGUGCUAUUUGAUGGCAUCAAGCGGCAUUGUACCGGUCCAUACUUGGGGUUCUGAGAUUGACGGCGUUCUCGCAAAAUUCGACCCAGUACACAUUGUGGAUGGUCGAGCUCCAAAAUUGAGAAACGUCUGGACUCUCCUCGUCACCUCUCCACAGCACAAUCACUACCACCAAUUUCUCAAAGACGACAAUUCAAAGCUAUUGUAUAUGCCGCCUUGGAGUUAUGAGGAAUUGCAAACUUGCAAAGCUAUCUUCUAUCCAGAUGAACGAAUAUUGCCCACAACGCUCAUGGACCGAGUUUUUGAAUGGUACGGCGGUGUGCCGAGAUACGUCCUUGCUCGGGCCUCAACUGAAUUCAAACGAAAGGGUGGCGACGAGGACGCUGCAUUUCGAGCGGUGAAUCAGAGACUGACCGAAGCCAUAUACCGAGGUGGCAUAAUGGAUGUUAUGAAAGCCUAUCAGGCCAAAACUCCCGAUGGACAAUUUUCACAUCGUGUGGUACACAUUUAUAGCCAUCCCUCUGGAGAACUCACUCGGUUUCACUUGUCAUGGGCAUCACACCAAGUUGAGAGUGCAAUGACCAAAAGAUAUGAGCAAGAACUUUGCAUUGACCUUCCAAACUUGCUCUGAGCUUCUUGCAAUGGUAACAAUUUCCGCGGAAUGCAAUUUGAGAUGCACACUCACAAGGUGUUGCAAGAAGGCGGAAGCUUUCAAGCCCA